GUUAUUAUUGAAUAAAUGUCUUUAUGAGCAACCCAUACUUCCCAUAUCUUCAAUCACAAGUAUAUUAAGUUUUUCUUUUGACCAUUCUUUUCUCACCACGUCCUUGUGUCAGACUUAAAUGAUUGGUUCAUUCGAUCUAGAGAAUGUGGUAAUAAUGGGUACCAAAAUGGGGAACCUCGAAAGAAGAGGAACUGGGUUGAUUUGUGAUUCUAUUCUAUGACAAAGCAUAAUCGCACACUCAACUCAAACAAUCUUUGCGGAGGGAUAGUGGUGGAACCAGUAUACUUGAACUGUUAAACAUCUCUUGCUUCUGGAUAGAUGUCUGCGACAGAGGGCUCCUGGUACUUGGAAAGUAUAGGAUGCUAAAAAAGACAUUGAUAGAACCGUGUUUUGAGAACCGCGUGAACAGAAAAUGAGAAGAAUAGAAAGAGGUCCCUGGAAAUCAUAGACGAAGCUUUUCGCCUUUACUUAGCCACACUUAUUGGUACUUCUUCAUUUCUCAGUGAUGGGUAAAGAGGGUGCCUAGAUUUGUUAUGUAAGGGAAGGUGGAGCCUCAAAGGUGCCUUCCCCGUUAGGGGAAUUUAGAACUGGUUUAGAGAAGAUUGUCCAUAAAGUUUAGAUUAUACUGGAACUAUCCAUGUUUGGGAUUAACAUUAGAAGGACACAUAGUUUGAUUAACUAUAAAUAUAAAUACAUAAAAUCAAGUUCCUAUGAAGGUAUACAUAUAGAUUCAAGACAGAGUAAUUUAUUGUUAUACUCACAGCAUCAUAGAAGGGCCUACACACCAUAGAUACACGGAGUACCCACAGACCUAUACACACAUGUGAUUUGACCAGAAAGUGGUCAUACUUUUACUACUACGAAUUUCCUGUUUUCUCAUUUAGAAAAGACUUGACUUGGUACUGGGCUCCUAUUGUAUUUAUGGAAGUGGAAAAUAUGUAUACACACACAAUAGCUAAGCAUGGGUAGAUUAUUGUUAUCUUCGUCCAUUGAUAUUGCAAUUGCAGUGAGGGUGAGUUGCUUCCUGGUGAUGAGUGUGGCUGCUGCUGCAAUAUCAAUAUCCACUGCCAGUAAAUGCAUUGAUGGGGAGAGAGAAGUACUCCUCACGUUUAAGCACAACAUUCGUGACGAGAAUGGCGAUCUAUGCUCUUGGGGCAACCACAAUGAUUGCUGCAAUUGGGAUGGAGUUGGGUGUGAUAACGUUACUGGUCAUGUCAUCAAGAUUGAUCUUCAUGGUAUGUAUCUGUCCGCGAAUGUUAUAUAUACCAGCAUUCCAUUCAUUGAUCUUCCCUAUUUGAAGUAUUUGGAUCUUAGUGAAAUCAGCAACUUGCUAGCAAACCAGAGCAUCUCAUCAUUGAUUGGGAACAAAAACAAUAACAACGGUAGUAUUAUGGCUUCCCUUCAACAUCUCAGUCUUCGUCAAACAGGAAUUGUUGGCAUGAUUCCUGAAAAUCUUGGAAGCAACAUGCCUGCCCUUACACAUCUUGAUCUCAAUGGUAACAGGUUAGAAGGUCAUAUUCCUGGAGGUCUAGGCAAUAUGGCCCCCCUUGCAUAUCUUUCCAUUGGAGAAAACUUGUUAGGAGGUCAAAUCCCAAAGAGUUUCGGGGAAAACAUGACUGCCCUUACACACCUUGAUCUCAGCGAUAAUAGCUUAGAAGGCUCCAUUCCUGAAACAUUUGGAAAUAUGGUUAAGUUGACUUCUCUUUACCUGCAAUGGAAUCAGUUGGAAGGUCACAUUCCUGAAGCUCUAGGGAAUAUGUCUGCCCUUGAAGAACUUGAUCUUGGCAUGAAUAGACUCGAAGGAGAAAUCCCAAAAUCCAUUUGGAACAUAUGUACUCUGCGACACCUGAGUAUGGAAUCCAACCGUCUUAAUGGAACCUUAAUCAUAUUGACAUUCUGCCCAAAUCACUCUUUGGAGCAGUUAUAUUUAGGCAGCAACCGUAUCACAGGGUCAUUUCCUGAUCUUACCAAGUUCCCGUCUUUGGCCGAAUUAUCUAUUGGAGGUAACCUCCUUGAUGGGGUCAUUUCUGAACAUCACUUUGUUAAUCUCUCAAAACUAUACCACCUAGAUUUAUCUUCAAACAAUUUCACUUUCAAUGUCUCCUCUUCCUGGCUUCCUCCUUUCCGAUUGAAAAGGAUCGCCCUUAGGUCUUGCAAGUUAGGCCCUGAGUUUCCAAAUUGGCUUAGAACUCAAGUCAAUUAUAGUUGGCUUGACAUUUCCAAUAGCGAGAUCUCAGAUUCAAUUCCCUCCUGGUUUUUUAAUACAACUAUUCAAUUUUCUGGUAUUAAUGUUUCUCAUAACGAAAUCAAGGGAAAUCUUGGAAAUGAUGUCCAAGUAUCAUCCAGGUUUGGAAUUGGCAGUGGUAUACUAGAUAUGAGUUUCAAUAAAUUAGAAGGUGUGAUUCCACCAUCUUUCUUCAACGUGGGACAACUGUACCUUUCUCGGAAUAAGUUCACUGACCUCAACUCCCUGUGUGGCAGUAAUGCAGCCGCUGGUUUGCAGGUUUUGGAUGUCUCAUUCAAUCACCUUUCAGGAACACUUCUUGAUUGUUGGUCUAGUCUAAAAAAUCUUGCACUUCUCAACUUGGCCCACAAUCACAAUCUAUCAGGAUGUCUUCCAACUUCCAUUGGAUCUUUGGCUUCCCUGAUGGCAUUGCAUCUUGACCAUAACAAUUUUACAGGCACUCUACCCUCAUCCAUGAAAAACUGCUCUCAGUUGGUAGCUUUACAUCUGGGACACAAUAACUUGUUUGGACGAAUACCAGAUUGGAUAGGUGAAAGCCUAACACAACUUUCAAUAUUAGUGCUAAGAUCCAACCACUUCAAUGGAAGUCUACCCACAAGUCUGUGUCAUCUCCAAUCUCUUCAACUGUUGGACCUGUCCAUGAACCACAUCUCAGCGAGUCUUCCCAACUGUCUUUCCAAUCUCACUGGAAUGACUGUAAUAGGAGGCAGUAGUGCCACCAUUUAUUAUGUGGUACCAGACAUUUUUUAUACUUCAAACUCUUCAAUGUUAGUAGACAUUAGCCAUUCUGACAAAAUAGAUGUUGUAUGGAAAGGCAUGGUCUCUGAAUUUGGAAGUACGUUAGGACUCGUAAAGAGCAUUGAUCUAUCAUCCAACAUGUUGCUUGGUGAUAUACCAACUGAAAUCACAUCGCUUGUUGGGUUGGUUUCUUUGAACUUAUCACGAAACAAUCUAAGGGGACAGAUUCCUUCAAGGAUUGGUAACUUGGCGAGCUUAAAUACUCUUGAUUUGUCUUAUAACCAUUUGUCUGGUAGCAUCCCUCAAAGCCUUGCCCUGAUUGAUGACAUAGGUGUUCUCAAUGUGUCCAAAAAUAACUUAUCUGGCAAAAUUCCCAAAGGCACUCAACUUCAGAGCUUUGAUGCAAGUGCAUACAUGGGGAAUCUCGGGCUAUGUGGAGAUCCACUCCCUAAUAGUUGUCGUGUAGAAGAACCAACUCAUCCUUCUCCACCAGGAUUCAAUGAAGAAGGAGCUUUUAAUGGAGAAGACAUGGAUAAGCUUAUUGGCAGUGAGUUUUAUGCAAGCAUAGGCGUUGGAUACGCGGUUGGAUUUUUGGGAGUUAUUGGGACAAUGCUAUUAAUCAAGUCCUGUAGGUUUGCAAUUUUCGAAGUCCUUAAUGGUUAUUCUAAUUGAACUUAUGUGGUGGCUGCAAUGCACCUGACAAAGUUCCUCAGAACACUCGGUGGUUAACAGCCCAGUGUACAUACCCAGUAUUUUAAAUGCUACUUUUUUAUGGGGUUUUCUUCACAAAUAACGUUCAGUUCAUAUUGGAAAUCUGAGAAGGGUAUCGUUUUCAGGCCAUUUCAAUAUUUAUGGUUUAUUCUUACAAAUUCUAGCUGCAGAUUUUUCAUGUGCUCUCUCUAUGUUAGUUUCCUAUGUUUCUGUUUUUUUAAUCUUGAUCAGUGAUGUGAUUGUUCCGGCUUUGAAACUGAUCGCCGCCGUUAGCUUACUGGAGUCACUUCUAAGCAAUCGAUUGUGUUUAAAACCUUUUCGUUUCGUUUCUAUUUAUUUAACCGGUUAUACUUGACAGUUGACACGGUUGUUAAUGUUUUUGGAAUGAUGAAGAAGCCUUUGGUUCUUGAUCCUGGAGCCCCAAACACAAGUCAAUUCAAGCUUAAGGGUCACUUUUAGAAGAGGGUUUUGGUGGGCUAAGUCUAUUGGGAUUUUAGAAACAUUUAUUUGGCAAAAACUAGGGGGUGUUUGGAUCUGAUUGUCAAAACUAAUUCUGCUCCUUCAAGGAGCAGAAGCAGAAACUGGAGUGUUUGGAUGAAAUUCCAGAAGCACUUCUGGUGCUCUAAUUUACUCCCAGAAUAAGUUUUUUUAGAAGUUGGGAUGUACCAGCUUCUGAAAACUGAUUCUGAUUCUGCUUCUGCUUUAAAAAAGAAGCAGAAGCAGAAUCAGUUCCAAACACUCCCUAAGUCUCAGAGCUAACUCUUUUUAUUUUUAGUGUAUUGUAUUCUUUAUUUUGUGAUAUUAUGUGUUAUGGCACAAAACUGUCAUGAUAUGCAUCCUGAAAAUGAAGAACAUGGCUUUGCAUGUUACUGAAUAAAGGUAACUUUAAAAAAAAAAUUGGCAUAAAUAUUACUCCGUACUACGUAUUUAUUCACUUUUUGAAGACAAAAUAUGACUAGUUUUGUUUUUUUCUAAAAAUGUGACUAACUUUUAAUUUAAUUUUUCUCUGCUUCUAAUCCCUACCCAACUUCCCACCCUACCCCACCCCUUGCCCCACAGCCGCCUUCGGAAACCACUGGCGGCGACCACCGCCGGAAACCACCAUAAAAGUUGCUGCAAAAAGUUCGCGAAACACACUUGGAUUAUUUCAUUCUCUCCAGCUCAUAGGAUUAUAAUGUUGAAGUUGAUUUUUAGUUUAGAAUUAGAAUAAGUACUCUUUUGUCAAACACGCUCUAAGAAGAUAAGAAAGUUUCUUCUUGAAUGGACCAUCUGUUCUUUUUUUUUUUUUUUUUUUUUUUUUUUUUUUGCUUUUCCAUUCCCUACAUGUUUUUCAGGUUUAGAACUUUUGAUAGGUACGGGUGAUGAGGACGAGUUUUGAAUUACAGGGGAAAAGAAGUUGCUCAAACGAGUAUUAAAAGAGUUCAUGAUGCAGCAUAUUUGAUUGCAGUACGAAACUACAAAUUAAAAGGUUGAGCUUUUAGGCCGCUUGAUGAAUAUGAAGCUCAUUCAUGUUUGAAGUGGACAUUAUGAUGGGACUUGAGGAGAGUUUGGAAUCACAGUAGUAGUCUAGUAGAAGACAGUGCUCCGAGUAUUGCUACAGUUCAAGAUGCUGCAGGUUUAUUGAGGAUCUGAUAGCCAAGAAAGGCUAGAAAGCUUAAAUGCCAUCCCAAUUUUCCAGAUGAAAAGUCGUUUAAUAUGUUUGGAAAACCUCGAUGUAUUUCACUUGUUUUGUUUUUGAUGAUAUCACUUGUUUUGGAAAAC